UUCACAUCUUAUCCAUAUAUCACACCAAACAUUCCCAGGUUUAUCUCCAUUCUCUUUCACAAUCAAAGGGUUUUCUUUUGUCGAAACUUAAAAGUUGAAACCGUGACCUGACCACAACUUCAGCAAUAUGCUGAGAAUUUUCCUAAACAAAAAAUGAAUGCUUUGAUGUUUCAGCCCAAUACAGCAUCUUAUGAUCCACAUUUGGUUCUCCCACAAAUCAGGACAUGCAAAAGCAUGCGAGAAUUGAAACAAGUCCACGCCUUUUUUAUCAAAACAGAACAAACCCAUGACAUCACAAUAGCUACAGAGAUCCUCAGGCUCAGUGCCACUUCUGAUUUUCGUGAUAUUGGGUAUGCAUUCUCGGUGUUCGACCACAUGCCUGAACGAAAUUGCUUUGCUUGGAACACUGUGAUAAGGGCACUUGCUGAAACCCAGGAUAGACACUUCGAUGCCUUGUUGCUUUUCUAUCAGAUGGUGACUGAGGCAGCAGUGGAGCCUAACCAGUUCACUUUCCCGUCUGUGUUGAAGGCCUGCGCGGUAGCGGCCAGGUUGGAAGAAGGGAAGCAAGUUCAUGGGUUGGUUGUUAAGUUUGGCUUGGUGGAUGAUGAGUUUGUUGUCACCAAUUUGCUGAGGAUGUAUGUGAUGUGUGGGAGUAUGGAGGAUGCUCAUGUUUUCUUUUAUAGGAAUGUUGAGGGUGUUGAUCGUGUGAGGAGGUUGGAGAGAGAUGAGAGGAGGAAAGAGUUUAAUGUGGUUCUAUGCAAUGUGAUGGUUGAUGGAUAUGUAAGACUUGGGAACCUUAAGGUUGCUAGGGAAUUGUUUGAUACGAUGGCUCAAAGGAGUGUGGUUUCUUGGAAUGUGAUGAUUUCUGGCUAUGCACAAAAUGGGUUGUAUAUGGAGGCUAUAGAGAUGUUUCAUAGGAUGAUGGAGAAGAAAGACGUGUUGCCUAACCGGGUUACUUUGGUCAGUGUGCUGCCUGCAAUUUCGCGAAUGGGAGCGCUUGAGUUGGGAAAAUGGGUGCAUUUGUAUGCAGAAAAGAACAGGAUUCGGAUUGAUGAUGUACUCGGCUCAGCUCUGGUUGAUAUGUAUGCCAAGUGUGGGAGCAUUGAGAAGGCAAUUCAGGUCUUUGGGAGGCUGCCUCAAAAUAAUGUUAUAACAUGGAAUGCUAUUAUGGGUGGUCUUGCCAUGCAUGGUAAAGCCAAUGAUUUGUUUGAUUAUUUGUCAAGGAUGGAAAAGUGUGGAAUAUCCCCUAGUGAUGUUACUUACAUAGCCAUCUUGACUGCCUGUAGCCAUGCAGGUUUGGUGGAUGAAGGAAGAACAUUUUUUAGUGACAUGGUCAAUAGGGUUGGAUUAGAGCCUAAAAUAGAACACUAUGGAUGCAUGGUUGACCUCCUGGGUCGCGCCGGUUAUCUAGAAGAAGCCGAAGAGCUUAUAUUGAGCAUGCCAAUGAAACCAGAUGAUGUCAUAUGGAAGGCCUUGCUUGGUUCUUGUAAGAUGCAUAAAAAUAUUGAAAUUGGUAGGCGUGCUGCUGAGGUUUUAAUGCAAUUGGCUCCUCAUGAUAGUGGGGCAUAUGUGGCUCUCUCAAACAUGCAUGCCUCGUCUGGGGAUUGGGAUGCAGUUGCUAAGGUGAGGUUGAUGAUGAAAGACAUGGACAUCAGAAAAGACCCUGGAUGUAGUUGGAUUGAGAUUGGUGGUGUGAUCCAUGAAUUCAUUAUGGAAGGUGAUGUUGAUCUGAUGGGAGGAGUGGUGGAGGCUCGCCAAAUUUCAGUAUAUAGGCUAGUUGAUAAACAGGACGCAGUUGGGGGAUGA